CAUCACAUCAUAACAAAGGGCUUGUAGAUGGGGAUUUUGGUCGAUACCAAAAUUGGUUCAAAAUUCAGUAACUGAUGAGGAAAGUCGUUCACGUUGGAGUAUUCCGCAGAUUUGCCGGUCUUUAACAAUGGGACUAAUGGAACCAUGGAAUCAAACUCAGAGUCAGGAGCAUCAGCCGACAUACUGACCGCUAAGCAAUCGUUGGUAAUCGAUGAACAACGCUGGCAACGGAUUCGUUUCGGAGUGAGCUGUCUCGAUCGUCUGACUGGCGGUGGAUUAAGCUCACGUGGUAUUGUUGAAAUAGCAGGCGAAGCCGGAUCCGGUAAAACACAGCUUGCACUACAUCUAUCGUUAGCGGCUCAACUGUUUUCGUUACCUCCAAAGGGUGUUGUAUAUAUUAGUACAGAGCACACAUUUCCAUCUAGGCGAAUAGUUCAGAUGGAGCAGGCAAUGAGACAGAACUCGGAUAAAACCAACUGCAAGGAAUCCAAUUUGACAGAUAAUAUUUUCGUUGAACACUUGCACAAUCCGAACUAUUUCUUCUUCUUUCUACACACACUAAUGCAACCCUCGAUGGUCACAUACCUGGUAUAUAUCAAUUUACUUUGAUAAGGAUCAUCACAUCAUAACAAAGGGCUUGUAGAUGGGGAUUUUGGUCGAUACCAAAAUUGGUUCAAAAUUCAGUAACUGAUGAGGAAAGUCGUUCACGUUGGAGUAUUCCGCAGAUUUGCCGGUCUUUAACAAUGGGACUAAUGGAACCAUGGAAUCAAACUCAGAAUCAGGAGCAUCAGCCGACAUACUGACCGCUAAGCAAUCGUUGGUAAUCGAUGAACAACGCUGGCAACGGAUUCGUUUCGGAGUGAGCUGUCUCGAUCGUCUGACUGGCGGUGGAUUAAGCUCACGUGGUAUUGUUGAAAUAGCAGGCGAAGCCGGAUCCGGUAAAACACAGCUUGCACUACAUCUAUCGUUAGCGGCUCAACUGUUUUCGUUACCUCCAAAGGGUGUUGUAUAUAUUAGUACAGAGCACACAUUUCCAUCUAGGCGAAUAGUUCAGAUGGAGCAGGCAAUGAGACAGAACUCGGAUAAAACCAACUGCAAGGAAUCCAAUUUGACAGAUAAUAUUUUCGUUGAACACUUGCACAAUCCGGUUUCUCUCGAACUGUGCAUUAGUGAACGACUCUCCGUUCUGUUAGAGAACAAUCCUAUAAGGUUGCUUGUAAUCGACUCUAUUACUGCUGUCUAUGCCGAAGAGCAAAACUACAUUGAACGUGCUCAUUCAUUCCGCCGUGUCGUGCGUGCAUUACACGCACUACAGGAACGGUUUGAUUUUGGAGUUGUCUGCACCAAUCAAGUGCGCUCGGUAAUCGACGAUUUCUCAUUGGAUGACGAAAAAAUCGUUCCGGCCCUUGGACUAUCCUGGGCUAGUCUGGUUCACACACGGUUGCAAAUUAGUCGCAUAAACGGAGCAGCAGCCCAGCGAACCUGUCGACUGCUGUUCAGUCCUUCGGUACCACAGGGUGAGUGCUAUUUCGCUAUCACGGAAAGGGGUAUUUCGGAGAAAACGGAAGUCAGGUAAAUGCAAUUACAUCAUUUCAAGUUUACAUUUAAAAUAUAGAAUUUUACACGUAUUCCACCGUAUUUGUUACACUACUCUAUGACUGAUUGUUUAUUUUUGUUCCUAAUAUAGUAAAUACAUUAUGAUAAUUACCUAUGUUAUACCCCUAUGCAACAAAUUUCCAUAUUCUUCCAUUUAGGAUGAAAUCACAAAAUAUCACAAAUAUAAGUUUGCGCGCUUUGUCUGUAUAAAACGAUAGGAAACAAGCUGUAAUAGUUUUCUCGCAAAUGUCGGUAGUGACUACUGAUAAAGUAAUAAAUAUAUUUUCUUCUAGAUCGGCAUUUGAUGUCGCAUAUGUUACGAAAUAUGGUAUAAUUUUUAAAUUUCCGAGCCACUUUUCCCCUUUUUAUUAAGACGUUGUUAAACUUUCUGACAAAUCGGUUUUGAUUAUUAGUUUUGAAUAAAGUAACAUUAUAUAAGAGAAAUAUUAAGCAAUAGGUAAUGUUUUUUUUGUUUUACAUGCUAGAAUGAACAAAAAAAGCGAAUCGUGCUUGAAGAUGUUGUGCGUUUGAUCU